AUGUCUCAGUCGAAGAUUGACGGCGCGAAUAAGGUAGCUGUGGCAUCGGCUGCAGCGCAACAAAGCGACAACAUAGCACAUGCAUUGGCUGGCGCUGGUGGGGGAAUACUUUCUAUGAUAUUGACGUACCCUCUUAUCACGCUUUCAACCCGAGCACAAGUCGAAUCCAAGCGAGCUCAUUCUACAACCGCCGAUGCUAUUCGCCGCAUUGUCCAACGGGAGGGUGUUAGUGGACUCUACUCUGGUCUUGGAUCUGCGCUCUUUGGCAUAAGCGUCACCAACUUCGUAUACUACUACUGGUACGAAUGGACACGCUCAGCCUUUGAGAAGGCGGCGGUGAAGAGCGGUCGUGCCGCUAAAAAGCUCUCAACCAUUGAGUCAAUGAUCGCAGGAGCAAUUGCUGGAAGUGCAACGGUGCUCCUCACCAACCCAAUCUGGGUAGUGAACACCCGAAUGACGGCUCGCAAGUCUGAUUCAGACGAGCAGGCGUUACCCGGUGCUCCCUCCAAGGGAUCGCAGGCGUCUACUAUUGCCACUUUAAUAAGCCUGCUACGAGAAGAGGGCCCGAAGGCUCUCUUUGCCGGAGUUCUUCCGGCACUUGUCCUUGUUAUAAACCCAAUCUUGCAAUACACCAUUUUCGAACAGUUGAAAAAUCUGGUGGAGCGUCGCAGGCGCAUGACGCCGAAGGACGCCUUCUAUCUGGGGGCUCUUGGGAAGAUUCUGGCAACCUCUUUAACCUACCCCUACAUUACGGUCAAAAGUCGGAUGCACGUUGCCAGUAAGGACGGUCCCAAAGAAAGUCUGAAUGGAAGCGUCAAGAAGAUCAUCAAAGAGGAGGGAUACAUGGGAUUGUAUAAAGGGAUUGGACCAAAAGUGACGCAGAGUGCUAUCACUGCAGCAUUCUUGUUCGCGUUCAAAGAUGUCCUCUAUGAUGCUAUGGUAUCCGUCCGGAAGAGAGGUAAAGUUUCCCGGUAG